AUGCCCCCGGUUUCUGAGCCUGCGGCGGUUGCUGCCGCUGUCGCCAGCGCGAAUAGAGACGAGCAUGCGACCACGGUCGGCCAGGCGCUGAAGCGGUAUCCCAGCGCCAUAUUCUGGGCAAUUGCAAUGUCCUUUACAAUUGUCAUGGUUGGCUACGAUACAAUUCUCAUGGGCAGUCUCAUGGCAUACCCCUCAUUCGUCGAGAAAUACGGCACAUAUCACCCAGAACUCGGCGUCAAGGUCAUUUCAGGGCCCUGGCAAGUAGGCCUCAGCACGGCGGGAUCCUGCGGCGGCGUCUUUGGCAUGAUCAUCAACGGCUUCGUCACCGAGCGCUUCGGCCACCGCAGAGUCACCAUGGUUGCGCUCGCCAUCAUGACGGGGCUCAUCUUCAUUCCCUUCUUUGCGCCCAAUGUGCAUGUUUUGCUUGCCGGGCAGUGCCUUCUCGGGGCCAUCUGGGGCAUCUUUUCCAUCAUGGGCGCCAUGUAUUCGUCCGAGAUAUGCCCCCUCGCGCUGAGAGGCUACAUGACCUCCUUUAUCAACAUCUGCUGGGUCAUUGGCCAGCUGAUUAUUGCGGGGAUCCUUCAAGGGCUUGUCAACAACACGACCAAAUGGGCUUACAAGAUCCCCUUUGCCGUUGAGUGGGUUUGGCCGGUUCCUCUAUUCUUCCUCGCUUGGCUGGCUCCUGAUUCUCCGUGGUGGCUUAUUCGACAGGGCCGGGUUGAAGACGCGGUACACUCUUUGAAGAGGCUUUCCCGGGGACUUAGUGAUGAGCAGAUUCACCAAAAGGUGCUUAUGAUGAACGACACAAACAGACUCGAGCAAAAGCUCAAGGCCGACGCGAGCUACUGGGACUGUCUCAGGGGAGCCAACUUGAGGCGCACAGAAAUCGCUUGCCUGUCGCUCUCAUCCCAGAGUCUGAUUGGGCAAUCUUUGGCGUACAAUGCCACAUACUUUUUUGUGCAGGCCGGCCUGUCUGCUUCCGAUGCUUACAAAAUGAACUUUGGCAACAUGGGCAUCGCCUUUGUGGCGACUUGUUUCUCGUGGGUACUAAUGACGCAUUUUGGCCGGCGAACCGUCCUCUUAUGCGGUUACACUUUCCUCACAUUCGAUCUCCUCCUCAUUGGCGUCUUAUCCUACGCCUCUAACAACUCAGCCGCGAAAUGGGGCCAGUCUGCCCUGGCGCUCGUCUGGCUUGCCGUAUACUCUGCGACUAUCGGACCGCAGACGUGGGCAGUCGCCGCUGAAGUCUCGUCGACCAGAUUGCGAGCCAAGACGCUCUCUAUUGCCGGCGUCAUUUACAACAUUGUCAAUAUUGUCGACAACACAAUCGAGCCAUAUCUCAUCAACCCCACGGAAGCAAACUUGAAGGGCAAGACGGCGUUUGUUUGGUUUGGAAUCAGCUUCUUGGUCACGCUAUGGGCCAUCUUUCGCAUUCCCGAAACGCGGGCAAGGACAUAUGGAGAGCUGGAUGUGUUGUUCGAGAAGAAGAUUCCCGCGUGGAGAUUUGGGACAGCCGAGGUGGAGGAUGAUAUCACCAUCAUUGGCGACGACGAGUCGCAGGUGAGGGUGGAAGUGGGAGAUGAGAAGCGAGAUGUGGUGGAGCACCAGGGGGCGGCUACGAUAUCAUGA